GAUGUAAAAGAGCAAGGCAUUCACUGCUGAAGUGUGUCUGGAGUAUGGCGAAGUGUAAAACCGACUGCAUCGAAAGGCCUCUGUCUCUGGUCUUUCAAAAGUUUGGAAGUGUUGUUGGUAGAUAUCCAUACGUGUUUCUUUUAUUUCCUUUAUUUGUAGCUGCUGGCCUUGGAGCCGGUUUUAUCUUUCUUCAGGAAAGGGAGGCAAAUGAUAUUGAAGACCAGUUCACACCCGUCAAUGGACCUGCCAAGCUGGAGAGGGCGAUUGUGGUGGAAAAUUUCCCACAAUCUGAAGAGUUUUCUCAGUUACGGCUCACGUCUGAGGGAACAUAUGGCUCUUUGAUAAUCACAGGCUUCCGUGAAGAAAAUAUAUUAACUGAAGCAGCUUUUAUUGACAUUUUAGAGUUAGACAGACAAGUAAAAAAUAUAACAACCGGAAACACUUUUAAAAAUCUUUGUGCUAAAACAAAUGGAAACUGUAUGUCAAAUCCAAUUUUAGAAAUUAUAAAUUACAAUGCUACUCAAAUCGUUUCUUCAGCCAUAACAUAUCCGAUGAAUAAUGGCAUGUUUUUGGGAACAAUUAUCGGCGGUGUACAGUUAAAGCAGGAUAGCUCAGAGAUAUCCAGUGCAAAAGCGGUCAGGCUUUUUUAUUUCCUAGAUGAGGAGAAGACAAUGGAAAAUUCUGAGUGGCUCAAUGGCUUUCUAAAACUCCUGUCAAACUAUACACAACAGAAAACGGUCCAUGUGUCUUAUUUUACAUCAAUAUCAAGACAAAAUGAGUUUGAGACCAAUUCAGACUCUGUGAUCCCUCUCUUCUCUGUUACAUAUUUCCUGGCCAUUACCAUUUCAAUUCUGUCUUGUUUAAGGUUAGACUGUGUCAGGACGAAGGUGUGGGUGGCUGCGUUUGGUGUCGUCUCUGUCGGGUUGGCCGUGUUGGCCAGCUUUGGACUGCUGCUGUUCUGCGGGAUGCCGUUUGCCAUGACCGUGGCCACAGCUCCGUUUCUGAUUCUUGGUGUUGGUGUUGACGACAUGUUCAUAAUGAUCUCCUGCUGGCAGAAGACUGAAGUUGAUAAAGCUGUUGAAGUUCGCUUAGCAGAGACGUAUAAGGAGGCUGGCGUGUCCAUCACUAUCACCACACUGACGGAUGUGCUGGCGUUCUACAUCGGCCUCCUGACGUCGUUCCGCUCCGUUCAGUCUUUCUGCAUGUACACCAGCACAGCUCUUCUGUUCUGCUACGUCUUCAACAUCACCUUCUUUGGCGCAUGCCUUGCAUACAAUGGGAGACGAGAGAAAGGCAACAGACACUGGCUGACCUGCAUGAGAGUCCCAGAAGAAGCCAGUGGUGAUGCCAAAGGGUGUUGUAUUGGUGGAGCUUAUGAUAUAAACACACGUCAGGAGUUUGAAAUGCCAAUGGAUUCAUUCUUUAAAAACUAUUACGGUCCUUUUCUUACAAGAGUGUGGGUUAAGGUGCUUGUGUGUCUAAUCUAUGCCGGGUAUUUAGCAGUCAGUAUCUACGGGUGCUUCCAAAUACAGGAAGGGUUGGAUCUGAAACAUUUAGCGGCAGAUGGCUCAUAUGUUGGAGAUUACUAUGACAAUGAGGAUGAAUUCUUCUCUGAUUUUGGUCCUAAUGUCAUGUUAGUUAUAAAGGAUGAGCAUUUUCAGUACUGGAACCCAACUGCUCGUAAAAGUCUUGACUUUUGUUUGGAUAAUGUUCAAAAUCUGACAAUGGCAGAUUCAGACAUUCCACCUAUUUCUUGGCUUCAUGUAUAUGUGCAGCUUGGGAUGAAUUCAGGUUUUGAUGUAAACAAUGAAACACAAUUCAAAAGCCAUUUAACUGCAUUUCUUAAUUAUUCUGGUUUUAGCCAAGAUGUCAAUUUCUCUAACAAUCAAAUUCUUGCAUCACGUAUGUUCGUUCAGACGGUGAACAUCCGCACAGCGAUUGAUGAGAAGAACAUGCUGAAUGCAUUUAGAGAAACUGCAGAUGAAUGUGGGAAGUUGCAGACGCCUGUGGAUCUGAUAGUGUACCACCCUGCAUUCAUCUAUUUUGACCAAUAUGCCGUCAUCAUCACUAAUACAAUCCAAAAUAUAGUAGUUGCUACAUGCUUGAUGUUAGCCAUUUCACUCCUGCUGAUCCCAAAUCCACUCUGCUCUCUCUGGGUGACGUUUGCCAUUGCAUCUGUCAUUGUGGGAGUGGCCGGUUUCAUGGCAUUAUGGGAUGUUAGUUUAGACUCUGUGUCUAUGAUUAAUCUUGUUAUCUGUAUAGGGUUUUCUGUGGACUUCUCUGCUCACAUAUCCUAUGCUUUUGUGUCAAGUGAAAAAUCAUCCCUGAAUAAGAAAGCCACAGAUGCCAUUACUAAACUGGGCUAUCCAAUAGUUCAGGGAGCUGUGUCCACUAUCGCAGGUGUGGUGGUGCUUGCGGCUGCUAAAAGCUACAUCUUCAGGACCUUCUUCAAAAUCAUGUUCUUAGUUAUUCUGUUUGGAGCCAUCCAUGGAAUCGCAUUCAUACCUGUGUUCCUGACCUUCCUCAGCACUUGUGGCAAGACAUGUAGUAAGAAGAAAAAAGAAAAUCUGAGCAACAGCACAAAUGGACCACAAGCAGGAACAGACAUGAGCAAUUCACGUACCAACAUAGUGGAAGCUCAUACAGAUCCCGACUGUUACUGAGCUGGUCAUCUGGAGUUCACCAUAUUCAUAUUGUUUUCACAGUUUGUUUGGUUUGUGUUAUUGCUGCUGUGUAAAUUAUCUGUUCAUUGAUUAAAAAUCACUUAGCUUUAUAUUAUAUGCAAAGAAAGUAAAAUACACAAAUGGUCUGAUAACAGUAGUUAAUAUUUCAGGUAUCAAUAAACAAUUAACAACAUGGGAUUUGAAAGAACCUAUUCAUGUAGCAGAAAGUGCAGAAAAUUAAUAAAUUAACCUUGAUCAAUAAAUGCUGUAAAAAAAUAAAAAAUAAAAUAAAAACAUUUGUUCAUUUUUAAUUUAUGAUUCCUAAUGCAUCAAUUGAUUACUCAUUGAACUGAACCUCAUUGUGAAGUGUACCUGAUGUUAUGAUGGUGAACCUCUUUUUUACAGUUUAGCUUUAUUUGCCAUUUUGAUUUGAACAUGCAAGAAUAUUCUAAAGCAAACAGCCAUCAUUCUGCUUUUGUAUACAAUGCACAUCACAUUUUUAUACAGCAUGUGUUGUUUAGUUUAGUAAUUUUCUUAUUCUUUUCAACAGUAUGAAAUUAUUUAGCGACCAUUGCAAAUCAUUUAAAAUUUGUGUCAGCACGUCAUUAAUAGAACAAGCCAUCAGUUUAAUAUUGGGUUUUGUUGCGUUAUG